AUGGAUCGAUAUUUUAAGAAACUUUCUCCUAGUGUUGCUGCUUCAUCUUCGUCAGUCAGUGGACUUACACUUCUUCAACCUCAAGAGUUAUUGAUUGAAGAUGAACUUGAAGCUGAUCCAGAAAAUAUUCCAAGUGAUCCAGGGAAACGACCUAAUAUAAUGAGAUAUCCGUCAAACUCAAUAGAACGGGUGCAUAGAGCUUACUUACUUAAAGGUCCAUGUCAACCGCGCGAGCAUGAUUUUCAUCCAAGAACUGAUGGAAAGCGACAACGUAGAUUUGUUGCACAUUGGUUUGAUGAAUUCAAAGAUUGGUUGGAGUAUAGUAUUACAAAAGAUGCAGCAUAUUGUUUAUAUUGUUAUCUUUUCUCUAGACUCCAUGGAAAUGGACAGGACGCUUUCGUAUCUGGAGGAUUUACAGCUUGGCGCAAGAAAGAAAGGUUGAGAGAUCAUGUUGGGGAUCAUACAAGUGAUCAUAAUAAGUGUAGAUUAGCGUGUCGAGAUUUGAUGAAUCAAGCCCAACACAUCGAAGUGUGUAUACCUAAACAAUCAACAACAUCUAAGCUUGAGUACCGUCGCAGAUUAGGUACAACUGUUAUGUGUCUUCGCUAUCUUAUCAAGCAAGGAUUACCCUUUCGGGGAAAUGAUGAGUAUGAUGAAUCCUUGAAUCAAGAGAUAGCUAAUGUUGUACUGAAAAAUGCUCCUCAAAACCUCAAACUAACAUCAUCGGAUAUUCAGAAAGACAUCAUUAAUGCAGCUUCUGUUGAGACAACAAAACUCAUUAUAGAUGAUAUAGGAGACAACUCUUUCUCCAUAUUAGUCGAUGAGUGCCGAGAUGUGUCUAUCAAAGAACAAAUGGGUGUUGCGGUACGAUAUGUGGAUAAGAAUGGAUGUCUCAAAGAACGGCUUCAUGGUAUUGUGCAUGUCAGUGAUACGGUUGCAACCACACUUAAGAAGGCACUUGAUUCUUUGUUAUCGACUCAUGGUUUAAGUGUAUCAAGUUUGAGAGGUCAAGGAUAUGAUGGUGCAAGCAACAUGAGAGGAGAAUUCAAUGGGUAG